AUGGGAGGUGAAUGGAUCGUUGAAAUUGAAAGGGCGCUGGGAUGCGUGGAUCUAGAUAUAGUAAAGACGGGCAGUAUUUGCAGGGUUCCAAACAAAAUUCGAGAAGCCGAAGCUGAAGCCCAAGACAAAGACAAAGACAAAGGCUACUGUUACAGGCCUCGGUUUGUGGCCAUGGGAACCAUCCACAGGGCCACCAGCAGAAGCGACCUGCAAAUCAUGGAAGUGACCAAAUGGCGCUACAUGAAGUCGCUUCUUUCGCGUUCAGGGUCAAGGGGCGAGGAUAUGAAGAAGACCCUUAAAGAUUGCUGCAAGGCCAUUAAAACCAUAGAGGGCCAAAUUCGGGCAAGCUAUGUGGAGAAAAUAGACAUGGGAGCAGAGGAGUUUGCCAGAGUCAUGUUACUUGAUGCCUGCUAUCUCUUCGAGCUUCUGCUGAGGCUCAAAGAGAAUAGGACUGAUGAUCCUCCCAUGGAUAACAAGGAGAAGAUGUUGCGUCUUCUCACUGAUCUCACGCUGCUCGAGAACCAAAUCCCUUUCCUCCUCCUCACAAUUUUGCACGAGCGACUUUUCACUGCUCAGCAACACAAGUCUGUACCUUCUCCCCAACAACUUGCCGAGUCACUCUUUGAAUGCAACCUUGCCGGAGGUGCUCAUUUCCUUCACCUCAUCCACUCGUGCUCCCCUGAUACCUAUGAAAACAAAAAGGAACGCGGGAAGCAUCCGCAACUGCAGCGCUGCGCUAGAAAGCUUCAGGCUUUUGGAAUCAGAAUAAUCGGCAAGGCUUCCGAAACUAAGUAUUCUGACGGCAAUAAGGAAUCAGAUAUUGUGACUGCUGCACUCAGGGAAUUCGUGGACAAGUUCAAUUUCGAAAUAACAUUUGAAGGAGGAAAACUGGAAAUCCCAACGCUGCACAUAAAAGAAGCGACAGAAGUGAAAUGGAGGAAUUUGAUUGCUUGGGAGCAAAUCGGUUUGACUGGAAUCGGCUACAAAUUCACCUCCUACGCUUACUUUUUCAAAGGUUUGGUGUGUUCUCUUGACGAUCUCAAGCUGCUUAAACACAAAGGAGUCAUCACGGUGCAUAACGAGGCCAUCAACGACGAGGAUUUGGUGAAAAUGUUCCAAAGCAUCACAAACGGCGCGGAACAAAUGGAUUCCAGAUACAGGACAAUAUGUGAGGGAUUGAACAAUGCCGAGGUGAAAGGUGUGGCGGGACGUCGCGUCCUCGUUUUCACAAUGUCGUGGCAUUAUUUGCGGUAUUUUGUGGAAGGAUCAAAAUUCUGGCUCUUCAGGCUCGCAUAUAUCUAUUUGGGCACUGCAUGGAGGAUCGCCGGAGUUUUUUCCGGUAUAGCCCUGUUUGGUCUUACUAUUACGCAGACCGUUUAUUCAAUACGGGCUGUAGAGUGA